CAGACAAUUAGCUAACGAUAUGUUUAACUGAAAACCUCGUAGCCACCAAGAUAGUCUUAAUUUUCAAAGUUUUAAUAUUCAACAUUUCUUUUCUUAGACGUUGGCACUUCUGUUAAAAAGGCGACGCAAUAAGGUAAUGCGGAAACUAUUUCUAAGAGUAGGGCAUCAUUGAUGAACCCAGCUUUUCCAUUUUACGCCAGACUUUCCAAAGUAUAAACUUUCUCACUCGUCGAAUUAUUUUUCCAUCUGUUUACAAUGGCACUGAGGCUAAAACUCCAGCAGGUCACAGGACUCAGAAGCAGAGGAGAACGACUGGCCAAAGCUACAUUUAGAGGAGUUUCCCGCUAUACAAAGGUUGUAGAAAACUCAGAUGACAUCGCAAUAUUUGACGAGGUGUUUGAAUGGCCUGUAGCCAGAGCUGUUGAAAGUCACGAAGUUUUGGAAAUUCAAUUACUCAAUUACAACAAAUAUUUCACCAACAAAGUAACUGGAUGUUACGGACUUGUUCUUCAACAGUUAAUAGAAGACGGACACCUGACCCUCACAGAUAUGUUGUUAGACAUCAACAAUAUGCCAAUUGGGAUCGACAUAACAUUUGAAGUGAGUUACACGGCACCAGAUGGCUCUGUGGGCAACCGGAAGAGCAGUGGUUUCCAAUAUGGAAGCUUUGAUGACGACAGGCAAGCACUCAUCGACAUUGAAGAGAAUAUUGCUAAUCUCGAACGCAGCAUUAGUCAACGAGCUGAGUUAGGAGUGGGUUCUCACCAGGGAUCGCUUGCCAGUUUACUUCCCCCAAAAUCUCCGGAGAGAAAACGAUCUCUUCCUGCUACAAUGAAAAGUCUAGCAAGUAUGAUGAGAUUAGGAAAACAUCGCCCUUUGUCUGAUGAUGAAGAAAAGGCUUCCUUGAAAGGCUCGGAACACCUAGAAUAUGGCUCAACACACACACUGACACGGAAAGUAAGUGAUAAUUUGAUCUAUAUGAACUCAAGCGGUGACGAAGACAACCAGGCAAAAGUAUUGGAAGAAUUAGUUGUGGAUACGGCGCCAUACUCCAUCACCACUCCAGUGGUCGUCAAAAGGCCUAAACUAACUCACGAGAUGCAACCGGUUGCUCUAAAGGCACAAGAUUUUCAGGUGUGUAUUACCAUUAUUGAAGCACGCCACUUGGCGGGACUUAAUAUGGACCCCGUUGUUUGUGUUCAAGUAGGCGAUCAGAAGAAAUACACUAGUGUAAAGGAGUCUACAAACUGCCCAUACUAUAAUGAAUAUUUCGUCUUUGACUUUCAUAUUGCUCCAGCAUUGUUGCUUGACAAAAUGGUUACACUCACGGUCCUACAUUCACGUAAAUUCUUACGCAAGGGUAUCAUAGUUGGUACAUUCAAGUUAGAUGUCCGGACUGUAUUUUCCCAACCUGAUCACCAGUUUUACCAUAAGUGGGCAUUGAUGACUGACCCAGAUGAUGUUUCAGCUGGCCCUAAAGGUUAUUUGAAAUGUGAUAUUUCGGUUGUUGGAAAAGGAGAUACGGUGAAGCCACCUCCAAAAUCUGAAAAAGAUGAAGAUGAUAUUGAAGCAAACAUGCUACUACCAGAUGGCGUACCUUCCGAAAGACAGCAUGCCAGAUUUACAGUGAAAAUAUACAGAGCAGAUGGAUUGCCUCGGAUGAAUGCGAGCAUUAUGGCAAAUGUGAAAAAAGCAUUCGUUGGAAGUUCGAAGGAUUUCAUUGAUCCUUAUGUGCAAGUGUCCUUCGCAGGUCUGACGGGUAAAACAACAGUGCGGAAAGGCUCGUGUUCUCCAGUUUGGAAUGAACAGAUUGUUUUCACUGAAAUGUUUCCUCCCCUUUGUCAACGAAUGAAGAUUCAGGUCCGAGACAGUGAUACAGUGAAUGACACUGUUUUGGGGACCCAGUAUAUUGAGCUGUCAAAAAUUUCUAAUGAAGGGGAAAGCGGUUUUCUUCCUACUUUCGGACCUUCUUUUGUCUAUCUCUACGGGUCAACUAGAGAAUACUCCUUAUUCGACGAACAUACAGCUCUAAAUGACGGACUUGGUGAAGGUGUCAUGUUUCGUGGUUGUCUCUUAAUAGCUCUUCGGACCGAAAUUUUAGACACUAUGGACACAACUGUUUCUGAUGUCUAUUUGGAGCAAACUUUACCAAUAAGUGAGAGCGCCUAUGGAAGGAAUGACGAAUUCUUUUUGUAUGGAUGUGUGCUGGAAGCAUCUAUGAUAGAAAGAAAAAUUGGAGAGAAACCCAUUUACUUCGAAAUAUCAAUAGGAAAUGCAGGCAAUGCACUCGAGGGCCAAAGAUGGGGCUCUCAGAGCCAUGAUACUGACAGUGAAUCAGACUCAGAUUCAGGUCCUGAAUCCGUUCAGAGUGAUCUUGCUUGUCAGUCCACCACAUCUCCAGUACGACCACUUUCUGGUGAUAGGCAGUACUAUUAUUUACCUUACGGAGACGACAAGCCUUGCAUGUGGGUCCGGAGUGUGUGGCAGGACCACCGGCGAAGACUUUAUAACUCAAAUAUCAUCUCUAAAAUAGCAGAGAAGUUGGAAAGUGGACUUAUUGAUGUGCAAGAAAUGGUACGUCUUGAGCGCCCCCAUGCGGACCGUCGUCUACGAGGUGUUUUAGAAGAGCUUGCCAGCGGUUGUAGUCGGUAUCUGACAAUUAUUAAGGGAACGGGCGGAGGAGCCACUGGAAAAACAAAGCUCGACAAGGAAAGAUUAAAAUUGUGUCAAAGAGAAAUGGAUCACAUCGCUACUAUGGCCAGAACAAUGAAACCAUUAAUUAACAAAAACUCUAUCAAAGAAAAACUGAAGACCACACAAGGAUUCCUCCUUAAGCUAAAGGACAUGGAAGACCCUCAACAUGCGCUUCCCGAUGUUUUCGUGUGGAUGAUAAGUGGUGGAAAACGUGUCGCCUACUCUCGACUGCCUGCUAGGGACCUUCUCUUCUCUAUUGUUGAGGAAGAAGCAGGAAAACUUUGCGGGAAAGUUCAGACUCUCUUCCUAAAGUUACCAGGUAAAAAGAGUAAUGGCCCUGGCGGCUGGUCGAUACAGGCAAAACUCCAAAUAUACCUUUGGUUGGGUUUAACAAAGCACAAGAAACAUUACCUGAAAGGACUUCCAAAAGGAUACGACAUUACGUCAGAAAUCAGAAAUGCCGACAAGCUACAGGUGUCUCCGCCACUGAUGCUGCACUAUUCUGAAAAACAGGGUUUCGAAUUACGGGCUCACAUGUAUCAGGCUCGAUCGUUGAUUGGAUCAGAUGCCUCAGGCCUUUCGGAUCCAUUCGCUCGCGUCAUCUUUAGUGACCAAAGCCAAACCACGCAGGUAAUUGACGAAACCUUGAGUCCCACGUGGGACGAAAUGCUCAUCUUUUCUGAAGUUGUGGUAUACGGGAGCAAAGAAGAUAUUAAAGAUGAUCCUCCAGUUAUCGUUGUCGAAAUUUUUGAUCAGGAUAAAGUGGGAAAAUCUGAAUUUAUCGGACGAACUUUAGCGAGACCAUACGUGAAAUUCAGGGACGAACCUUAUGCGAAGCCUCAUUUUCCACCUAACCUAGAGUGGCACGACAUCUAUCGGGGCUCCGAGCAAGCGGGAGAGCUUUUAGCUACCUUUGAACUCCUACAGCUCUCUGAAACAGAAGAAAAAGGUGAUAUACCGGAGCUCCCGCAGCCGAAGGAAAACCUCUGGAGGUCCGACAGAGGUCCUGUGCUUCCUGUUCCACGAGGGAUCAGACCUACGCUUUCAAAAUAUCGUAUUGAGGUUCUCUUCUGGGGCAUGAGAGACUUGAAACGUGUGCACUUGAUGACAGUAGACAGACCCCGGGCAGACAUUGAGUGUGCAGGGAAGGUACUGCAGUCGUCUGUAAUUCUGAACUACAAGAAAAACCCCAAUUUUACCACGCCAGUCAAGCAUUUUGAUGUGGAACUACCAGACCAAGAGCUGUACUGUCCACCACUAACUAUUAGGGUGAUAGACUGUAGAAGUUUUGGCAGGUUUACCUUAGUCGGAACCCACUCCAUAAGUUCACUCCAAAAGUUCAUGUACAAACCAGUUACCAAAAAGGACCGGGAUGGUGAGCAGAAGAAAUCCCUUCUCUUGACACCAGGUUAUCAACAGACGCUUUCCGUUCCCGCGAUGGAUGCACCAAUGGACGUGGAUAAUGAAGAUAACUCGCUGCUUCCAAGAGAAACAGUUAUUACCCUUGACUAUGCAAAUAUUUCUAAGUCAAAGAAAGAGGUUAAAAGUGACUUGAACAAACGUAAGAAGAAGCAACGUGUGGAUGACGUAGAGGAAGAUGAGGAGAGCCGUGAUUGGUGGACGCGAUAUUUUGCGUCAGUAGAAGCAGCGAUGAAAGAAAAGAAAAAUAGCAGUAAUGUAAUCACAGAUCCACAUGAUAACAGACUUAUGUCAUCAUCAUCACCCGUUUCUGCUAAUGGGGAACUGUUUAGUCCAGAAGGAGGAAACAAACUGAGUGCCAAAGAUGCAAAACGUAUGGAGAAGGAACUAGAACGACUAGAACACGAGUACAACUCCUCUGAUUCUGAUAAGAAGACAAGAUCUUUCAAAUCUACUUCAACAGCAGUUCGAUUUGUUCAGAAAUUGUCACCAAAGUCCCAGAGAAAACACAUGAAUAAUGAAUCAUUACUAAAGGUCUAUCCUCAUGAACUAGAACAAGUUCCAGAGUUUAACAGUUUCAAAGAAUGGCUUCACUCUUUUGAACUCUACAGAGGCAAAAAAACAGGUUACGAAACAGAUGACCAGAGUCGGGUUGUCGGAAUAUUUAAGGGGUCUCUGAAAGUCUACCGUUAUCCUCUUCCAAAGAAUAUUCAAGAUCAUACCAUCACUGGAGCCGACCCACAAUAUGGGCUUUUUCAAGGCCUGCCUAGUAACGACCCGAUUCAUGUUUUAGUAAGAGUGUAUGUUGUCAAGGCUUCAGACCUUCAUCCAGCAGAUCUGAAUGGAAAAGCUGAUCCUUACAUCGUUAUUAACCUUGGUUCAAAACGAACAAGUGAUAAGGAGAAUUACAUCUCUAAGCAACUGAAUCCCAUUUUUGGAAAGUGUUUUGAGUUUGAGGCCACAUUUCCUCAAGACUCCUUGUUGACAGUGCAGAUUUUUGACUGGGACCUGCUAGGAAGCGAUGACUUGAUUGGAGAAACAAAGAUUGACUUAGAGAACCGGUUUUAUAGUCGUCAUCGUGCUACCUGUGGUAUUGCUCAGCGAUAUGAAACGUCCGGGCCGAACCAGUGGCGGGAUCCCAUGAAGCCUACACAGAUUUUAACGAAACUAUGUAAAGACAACAAAUUAGAUGGACCACAUUUUAUGCAUAACCGAGUACGAGUAGGAAACCGCGUUUUUACUUUUCACGUUGAAUGCGAGGACGAAGGAACAAGAGUGAGUGAGGAACAUCUUGCUUUAGCUGUUAUUCAUCGAUGGGAGGAAAUCGCUAAAGUUGGUUGCAGUUUGGUUGAAGAGCAUGUGGAGACCAGACCCCUGUAUCAUCCAGAUAAGCCAGGUAUCGAACAGGGUAAACUUGAAAUAUGGGUGGACAUGUUCCCAAUGGAUAUGCCACUUCCUCGACCUCCAACUGAUAUUUCGCCGAGAAAACCGAAGAGCUACGAGCUGCGAGUUAUCAUCUGGAACACAGACGACGUCGUUUUAGAAGACGAUGCUUUCUUCACGGGUGAAAAAAUGAGCGACAUCUAUGUGAAAGGGUGGCUGAAAGGACCUGAAGAUACUCAGUGCACUGAUAUCCACUACAGGUCUCUAACUGGAGAAGGAAACUUUAACUGGAGAUAUAUUUUUCCGUUCGAUUAUUUGCCUGCGGAGGAAAAAAUUGUCAUCUCCCGCAAGGAGUCUUUGUUUUCUUGGGACGAGACAGAGUGCAAAAUCCCUGCCCGGCUGGAACUCCAAGUGUGGGAUGCUGACCAUUUCUCUGCUGAUGAUUUUUUAGGUGCCAUAACCCUCGAUCUAAACCGUUUCCCUCGUGGAGCCAAAUCUUCGAAGUUGUGUACUCUAGACAUGUUAAAAGCAGAUGGCAGCGUCCCCACUGUUUCUUUAUUUAAACAACGGCGUAUAAAAGGAUGGUGGCCUUUCUAUGUCAAAAAAGAAAAUGAAGAAAUGGAGCUAACGGGCAAGGUAGAAGCUGAACUUCACUUGUUGGUGAAGGAAGAUGCUGAGAAGGCGCCAGCUGGCAUGGGCCGUUCUGAGCCAGAUCCUCUAGAUAAGCCCAAUCGACCGGAUUCGUCGUUCAUUUGGUUCUUGAAUCCUCUGAAGUCUAUAAGAUACAUUGUAUGGCAUAACUACAAGUGGGUCAUUAUCAAAGUCAUCAUCUCUUUUCUUUUGAUCCUCAUUUUCGCUCUCUUCGUCUACUCGAUGCCGGGCUACACCGUGAAGAAAAUGUUUGGGGCCUAACAACAUUGCGAUUAGUCUGAGAUAUCAAAACAAGUUAACAAUGAAAUUUAAAAGAUUGGUAUUUUAACUUAAUUAUUUCUUGUAUUUUAAGUCACAUUUUUCAUGUUCAGUAA